AUGAGGCCCUCGGACGUGGGCGAGCAAGAGUUUACAGCCGGGGAGAUGCUGACCUUGGCGUCGAGGAUUCGCAACGGGGAGUCAGUUGACCAGACUCUCUUCUCCCUCCUCUAUCAUCGCUUCCCCCAGGGCGCUGGUGCCACCAAGCGCUCAAGCCCUCGGGAAGAGUCCCUCCAACCUCCUCCUUCCAGCCCUGGUCUACCCCCACGGGAACCUCCCCGUGUGCUGUACCAGCGCUGGUCCGUGCGAUCCAUCAAGGACGGGCUUCUCUUCGGGGAGCCCAGGGCUCCUCCUUCGAUCUCUCUCCCAUCAGAGGACAAGGCGACGAGCGAGGAAGCUCGACGAGCUCUGGAGGAAAGCAUCUUGAAGCUUGUCCUGGAGGAGGUAGCAGCUGGGCUAGAGCAAGAGGAACAAUCUCCGAUCAACGAGUGGACGCACGAGAAUGGGCGCGAGGAGGGCGAGGAGGAUGGUAAGUCAGAGCAGCAGAAGGCAAGAGCUGCUCUCCCCGAUUUCCCCGGGCUGUUGGAGAGCAAGAAGCCGAAACAGACGGAAAGGACGGUCGAGCCGGCCACUAAGAUUCCGCUGGAGGACACGAGGAGGAGAAGGAUGCGAGAAGACGUGCUGGCAUAUAUGGGCCCCGAGCAUCGCAAGCUCAUGAUGAACGUGAAGCCGCAGCAGGACAUCAGCGACCUGCUGGAACCCCUGGAGGUGUUCAAGCAGAAGCUGGUGCGGGAGGCUCUCGACGCCUCCUGCUCACCUCUUGGGAGAGGAAGUGCCUCGCUCAGCGAGCUCGAGACUGCUUCCUUCCAUGCCGACGCAUCAGUGAGGGAGCUGCUGGAGGACCCCAAGAUCUUCCAGCUGGUGAAGAAGAGCGUGAUCAGGAGGCUUGAGGGGAAGAGAAGAUGA